CUCUAUUAAAGAGCUGGACUUUCCUCAGCACAAUACAACUGCACUACAAUCAUGGCUGCUACACGAGUGAUUCUUACACUGCUUCUUUCUCUCUUCUGUGUUUCCCUGGCUUCGUCCGAUUUAAAGAUUGAUGAAGGAAAAAAACAUCACAGCGAGGCAUUUCGUGUGUUUUCCAGAGGCACAGACAGAAAUCUCAUGCAGGAUACGGCGCCAAAAAUGAUCACGAAAUACUUGGACACUGGUGCUCCUGCUCCGGCUCUGGCUCCGGUUCCGCCUCCAGCUCCGACCCCAGCUCACGGCAUCGACUGUGGUGGGCUGUGCAAGUACAGGUGCAGCCAGCACUCCAGGCAAAAUUUGUGUAUAAGGGCAUGUGGGACUUGUUGUGUGAGGUGCAAGUGUGUGCCACCAGGAACCUCCGGCAAUAGAGAGAUGUGUGGAAAAUGUUAUACUGAUAUGACCACCCAUCGCAACAAGACCAAGUGUCCUUAGGCCAAGUAUUUAGAUUGAAACUCUUUUGGGUGUGUUUGUCUUUAUCUAUGUUAGAACAAAUGGGCGUGUUUGGUUCGAUCUUAUAAUAUUGGGCAAUAUUGAAAAAUUAAAAAUUUCGUAUUGUCUCUAAUUCAGUACUAAAUAUCAAGUAUGGAUAGUUUUAUAUAAUUAUCUAUCAAGUCAUUUGUGGUAAAUAAAUCUAUUCCUUUUCUACUUUA